AUGCAGUUGCCCGAACGGGGUUGGGAGUUGUAUGCAGAGAGCAAUGCGGGGAAGAAUCUGGUUCAACCUCGUUAUACUGGCGCCUUCCUCUUUAAUACGGCUGCAUUUAUCCUUCCCGCGCUCUACAGCACGCUCGUCAAGAUUUGGAUCGCGAAUAUUGAUUCCUCCCUGGUCGUGACGACCGAUGUCUAUACAUACAUCAACACCGUCGCGGAAGUGAUAAACGAGGGGCUCCCGCGUGCAGUCUGGGUCACGAUUGCAGAUACAGAGGCUCGGUCGUUGAAGGCCCGUUUGGGCCUGGCGCACAGCCUAAUAGCCUUCCAAGCACUCCUUGGACUGCUGAUGAGUGUCAUCUUUUUCGCAUCGGCAUUCGUACCUCGUGAUGUUCGCGCAGCAAGUAUAACCUAUAUCCGCGUCAGCGCCUUCUCGGCCUUAAGCUCUGCCAUUGAAGUCGCUGUAUCGAAUGCCACGCGAGCCCUGGAUAAACCGGACAUCCCACUUCUUAUCAGUUCUGUCAAAGUCGCAAUAAAUAUUGCCCUUGACCUCUUGAUCAUAUCUACGUUUCAUGUCGGCAACUGGAACCCGGACAUCAACAUCCAGGCUGGCAUCCGCCUAACCUGCGACAUGGCUGCGGCGAUUUCCGGUUUGUUAUAUUUCAUGUUUACCGUCAGUUUCAGGCGAAGUGCCGAGGCCCCGACGCUGCAAGGGUUCAUCGUCCUACUCAAGCCGGGAUCGAUCACAUUUAUCGAGUCUGCACUGCGGAAUGCGCUCUAUCUCUGGCUAGUCAGCGGUGUUGUGUCUAUGUCAGCGGACUAUGCCACGGCGUGGGGCGUGUUUAGCACGAUCCGGUGGGGUUUAAUAAUGGUACCCGUUCAGGCAGCGGAGGCUACGGCGCUCACGUUUGUGGGACAUGCCUGGGGCCAGCUCAAGCACGGGGCCGAUCCCUCAAGGCGGUCGUGGUCGAGUCUGUACGGUAUGACCUGUUUUCCUUCUACAUAG